AUGACAAAUUUCUUCUUAUGUUAUGAGUGUGGUGCAACUUUCAAUGUAAGAAGCGACUUUGAUGAGCAUGUUUUGGUGCAUCAAGCAGUCUCUCUAUGCUAUCAAAUUUAUGAAUUCGACAAAAGAGGAUCUUCUACUAUCAAGGCUAAAGAAGAAAAUCAGCAUACAUCAACUAAAGAGAGCUUUAAACCGCAGGUAGUCAAGUUAUCGACAGCAUUUCGCAAAGCAUCUUCUGAUUGCUCCCAGCGAAAUGCACGAAAAACAACGGGAACGAAACGGAAAUUAACGGAUCUUCCGUUUUCUCCCGAUAAUCCUUCUAAAGUGCCUUGCUUGAAACAAAGGAAGAAUUCCCAAAACGAUGUAAAAACUACGAAAGUUAACAAAGCACAGGAUAAUUCAUCUCCUAUUACCACUGUUAAUUCACAAACUGUUCACCCGCAAAUGGAUAAGGAAUUUUCAAAAAUAAAAUUGGAUGAACUGAAACUUACGAGAAAAACCAGUUCGACGGAUGUUCCGAUCACAAGACCUCCUGUAGAUACUUCUGGAUCCAUUCACACUGAUUUAAUAGAAAGUCAAAUGACGAAUCCAGCGAAAGUUAUUGAACUAUCAAAAACUGAUGUACCCAUGGCAACGGCAACAACAUCAGCAGGAAUAACCAUCCCUUCAUCAUCAUCAUCUACAUCUUUAACUACAACAACAAGGCAUGGCGGAUCAGCAACUUCUCCGAUGCUCCCAAAAUGUUUGAACUGUGAUUAUCGAAGUAGUCAAGGGACGGAUAUGGUUGAGCACGUUGUUCGAGUCCACAAAACAUCCAUUACAAGUCUUGAAAGAGUAGAUUUCAUAGAUGGGAAAUGGUCAGAGGCGGUGAAGCUUGAGCCGAGACAGCAAUGUGCUUAUUGCGUUCGAACGUUCCGAGAAGUGACAGAUUACUUCCUACAUGUGAUAGUUUGCCACAAAAGAAAUUUGUUAUUACCGGGUGUGAGUAAAUAUAACUGUAUCGUUUAUCUUGCUCAUCCCGGCAUGCCUACACACAUGGUUCGUAUUUUCAUGAAGAGACCAUAA